UUUCAGGGAACGCACGUGCCCGCGAGUAUAGCUUUGCUUCGAAUUCGAUUUGGUUGGGCUUGGUGUCGCCGCGUAUAACCAACUAAAAACCUGACAACUAUUCGGAUCUAUUUCCAUUUGUUUGCAUAAACAAAUCACACAUUUUUCGGGUCGCCAGCUGCUGCAACACACAAAAUGACGGAGGAAGUGCCUGCCAAAGGCAGCAUAUUGGGCAAGCUUGUGCCCGCCCGCUAUGUGCUGGCGCUGCUUGGAUCCAUUGGCAUGGCCAUCGUCUAUGGCCUGAAGGUGAAUCUCAGUGUGGCUAUGGUUGCCAUGGUGAACCACACGGCCAUCAAGGAACUUAACGAUAUAGGACAUGGCAGCGUUUCCGGAUCCGUAACCCUCUUUAAUGGGACAAGGGAGGCCGAUAGUUUAGUGGAGACUUGCUCGCCGCCGGGUGGCGCUACCAAUGUCACGGCCAAGGUGGAGGACGGACCAUUUACAUGGAGUGAACCCCUGCAGGGCACCCUGCUGAGCUGCUACUUCUGGGGCUAUCUCGUGUCGCAGAUUCCGCUGGCCCAUGUGGCCGAGAACUUCUCGGCCAAGUGGGUGAUGCUGUUCUCGGUGGCCAUCAAUGUGGUGUGCACCCUGCUGACGCCAGUCUUCACCGAAAUGCAUUACGGUGGCCUGAUCCUGAUGCGUGUGCUCGAGGGUAUUGGUGGAGGAGCCUCCUUCCCGGCCAUGCACGUGAUGAUUGCCUCGUGGGCACCGCCAACCGAGCGCAUGGUCAUGUCCACGAUCAUCUAUGUGGGUACUUCUGCGGGAACAGCCUUGUCCAUCCUUCUCGCCGGCGUCCUGUCCGCCCAGUGGGGCUGGGAAUCGGUGUUCUAUGUAAUGGGUGCCCUCAGUUGCAUCUGGAUGCUACUGUGGACUGUGCUGGUUCAGGACAAUCCCAAUAAGCAGCGCUUCAUCAGCGCCGAGGAACGUCAGAUGAUCACCAGCUCGCUGGGCACUGAGCAGAAGGUCGAACACCAUCCAGCAGUGCCAUGGGGCAAGGUCUUCAAGUCGAUUCCGUUCUGGGCCAUCCUCAUUGCGCAUACCUGCAACAACUUUGGCUGGUACAUGUUCCUCAUCGAAAUCCCAUUCUACAUGAAGCAGGUGCUCAAGUUCAAUGUGGCGAGCAAUGCGGCGCUCAGCGCCCUCCCCUACUUCCCCAUGAUCAUCUUCAGUAUCGUCCUCGGCAAGGUUUUGGACACUCUCCAGUCGAAGGGUAAGAUUAGCACCACCAUUGCCCGAAAGACGGCCACCUCCAUUUGCACGAUCAUUCCGGGUAUUUGUCUCCUGAUCCUCUGCUAUAUCGGCUGCCAUCACUACGAAGCCGUCACCGUCAUGUCUGUGGGCAUUGUGGCCAUGGGCGCCAUGUUCUCCGGAUUCCUCUCCAAUCACAUCGACAUUGCCCCUAACUUUGCUGGCACUUUGGUGGCUUUGACCAACACGGCGGCGACUUUGCCGGGUAUUAUAGUGCCCCUCUUCGUGGGCUUCGUCACCCAUGGCAAUCAAAAUAUUUCAGCCUGGCGCAUCAUCUUUGGUGUGACAAUUGUCCUGUUCACCCUGGAAUUCCUGGUCUUUGUUAUAUUCGGCUCUGGAAGUGAACAGCCGUGGAACAAGUCUGGAUCCCCCAAGGAUCCAGAGGCCAAGGAUGAGAAGACCCCAUUGAAGGACAUACCUGCGAAGCCCUAAGUCCACAAGGCCAUACGAGCGUAAUCUCUCGACGAUAGGAUCGAUUUCAACCUACUCAGAUGACUUUUGAACAGAGCAAGCACCGAAUGGUCACGUCACCCUGCCUGGACUGUAUAUACCAAUUACAAAUUACCAAUUAUAGCUUUUAGUUUGCUGUAUCCCUAAGUAUCUGUACCUCCAUGCCUCAAAGAUGGAAACACUUCAGCCCGCCUAUUGUACUUAACACUCAUGAUUCAAAAGUUAUCUACAAAUAAAGCGAUGUCGUAGUGAAAGUGA